CAGCUCCAGGCCGAAGCAGCACAGGAAACAAGUUGUCAAAUAUCCAACAUUUAAAAGAAGAAGAGGAGGACACGUUCAAUGAUGAGCCACAAUUUGAAAGCGAAUGAGUCACAUUCCCAGAUCCUCACACACGAGCUGAUGGUCCUAGACGAGACAUCAUGAUGAAAAAGAAAAAGCAGCGUCCCACAAAACCGACCAAAGGAGGACGAAAGAAGAAAAAUAAAGUUUCCAUGGACAAAACCCACGAGGAGCUCAGAUCCAACAGGCCAGAGUUUGAGGGUUUCCUGGAUCAGAUGAUUCAGUGGUUUUCUGAUCAUCAGCAGCAGGUUGAUGAGCAUUUCAGUCCCAAGGACGCAGACCGAGGUGGAUCAGUCAACCUGAAGGAUUUCCAGCUCGGUCUGAUGAGCUUGGGCGCCCCCUGUCAGCAGAUUCAGCUCCACAUGUUGAGUGAGCUGCUGAAAACCAACAACAACACAAUCACUUACCAAGACUUAAAGAAACAAAUACAGAGAUUAAGUCACAGCAGCGCAGGGGUCGACACUCUGAUGUCAGAGGACGUCUCCGGUUUGAAAACCUGUGAUCAUGAUCGGCCAGUAAACCCUCACAGAGACAGGUUCAUCCGUCUGACUGUCAGACUCAUCCCCUUCGACUCCUUCACGGAACAUCCUGCCAACUUUGAGGUGGUUCUGUCGAGCAGCUGCAGAGUCUUCAGUCUGAUCCGGAUCAUCCAGGACCGAGUCGGUAUCCAGACCUCCAGGCUGGAUGUUUUCAGGAGCAGAGCGGCCGCAGAGGAGGUCCGCCUGCCUCCAGAGAGCUCCCUGGAGGAGUGUGGCUUCAAAGGAGGAGAAGAGGAGCGACCUCCGGAGGAAACGGUGUACUACGACUACAAACUGGAGUUUACAGACUGUCCGCUCCUCAACUGUGAUCACUACUUCAGGUCCAAACCAGAGUCUGGGGCCAGGACAACCGGAGACUGUUGGUAAAAGGGUUUUGGCCACUGCUCCACUCUGGUUAAAAUAUUCUAACAACUACUUCAUGUUUCAGGCGUUUACAUUCACGUUUCCAAGAGAAUUGAUUUUGGUAAUCCUUUAACUUUCAUUCUCAUGCCAUCGUGCCUAUCGUCUGUAAUUGUGGCUUGAAUGUUUUACAACCAUCUGUUACAUUCAUGUUCGGCUCAGGAUGAAUUGUAAUUUGAUCUGUUGACCUUCAGUCUGGUGCCAUUAUC